AUUAUCUGAUUACCAGUGGGUAAUUAUAAAGAGAAAUAUUAAAAUUGUCUUUAAAAAGCGCAUUAAAAUGCAUUUGUUUUCUAAAAAAUUAAUUUUACAUUGACCUAUUUACGCACGGCUAUAAAAGCACUGCAUUGCAUGGUGGUGUCUAAAACAGGGAAAGGUUGAGAACAAGCAGUACAUAUAACCUACCUUCAUCAUGAUGACAAAAAAAGAAAUCGUUUUGAAACCAUUAGUUAAAGUUGGAGUUGGUGUGGUGUUUGGGGUUGGUAAAGUUGCGGUGCUCAUUCCUAUCACAAGAAAGAAGAUAUACAAAGUUAUGAGGACAGCAGCUAAAACAGAUAGAGAUGAUGACUUCAAAGACACGUUGUUUACAAAACCAAUGUACAAAACUCUUGUAAAACAAAUAUUGAUGGACAUCUCAAAACCAUUGCAAAUCAAAUCAGUUAUUCCAAAUUUACCGCUCUACAAGAUGGAUCAAGAUCUACCUACAACAACACGGAAAACAUAUUUACAUAAUAUUCAACGAAAAGGUGUUCCAUUGGUUAUCUCCUUUGGCAGCUGCAGCUGACCUCCAUUCAUGGCGGAGUUGAAGCAAUUUCUUGAUCUUUGUGAAAAAUUUCAAGGGAUUGUUGAUUUCGCCAUAAUAUACGUCGAAGAAGCACAUCCGGCCAACGGAUGGAUUGUCAAGCAUCAACGACUAUUACCAGCUCAAAACAACAUUUCUGAUAGAAUUGAUGCUGCAAGUGAGUUACAGAGUAUGUGUCCUAAAAUUCCCAUGUACGUAGAUCCAUUCGAUAACAAGAUCUGUAAAGCCUUUGCUGCAUAUCCAGAACGAUUAUACGUACUACAAGACAAUGCUGUAAGAUACCAAGGUAAAAUGGGACCGUUUGGAUAUUCAGUUAAUGAAGUUGAAACUUGGUUGGUGAAGAAUACUUAGCUAACUUUUGUUAUAUGCUAAUUAAAAUUGAGGCUCUUAGAGUUUUAUUUCAAAUUACUUCAUAAACAGUCCACUUUGCUUGUGCUUUUAUGAAAUUAUCUGAUUAUUUUUAUGUCCUCUGUUCUUCAGAAAAUACCUCAGAUUCUUUGAAAUCUGUUUAGUGAUUCCUCUAACAAAUUAAUGAGUGUAAAUAUUAACAUUAAUAUAUAUUGUAUAAAAUUUAACUAUAGGAAUAUUAUUAUUUUUUUUUCGAAAAGAUUUUGUGAUUAUUUGUUUGUAAAGCGAUUCUUUAGUUGUUAAAACAAAUAUGAUGUAGUUUGAUCUUUCGUAAAUAUAAAGUAAAAAAAAAUCGUAUUGCUUUGUUGUUCUUGGAAUAGGUUUCGCUUAAAUUUUCAAAUAUUAUUUUAGUUUGUACGUUUUCAUUUAUUCAUUCACUUAUUCAUUCAUUCAACACUAAACAUUUAAUUUCGGCAAAGUACUGUUUUAUACGCAGUUAACGGUAUUUAUGGCGGGGUUAGGAGUUUUUGUCUAAUUGGCAUCUUAUCUGACGUCAGCAAAUGUUAUUGCUAGGUGUCAUCUUAGUCAUGUAUGAUUUUUAAUUACUCAUGUAACUGACAUCAUUCGUACCAAGUUUUACGACUAAGUUUAAUAAAAAAAAGUUAUGAAGGUAGGCCAUUUUUACCUGGGUACAACACUCGACUUCCAUACUUACUCUGGCAUGAAUACGGCUACAAAUCAUCUUCGUCAUAAAUAUUACUUUCCAUCCUCGCACAUUCAGAUAACAUUGUGUAAUAACCGGGCCACUCAGAAGGUCAAUGUACAAGAAAUUAUACUUACUUUUUUGAAAGAAUAUAGACAACUUGUUAUUAAGUUCUGCCUUUUUAAUUAU